AUAUGCCAUCCAAGUCUUCGAUGGCGGCUUGCUUUCAUCAACGGUGUGUUUCCGUCAGCGGUCAACAACUGUGAGCUGGCUUAUUAGAUUUCCAUGAGAGCUUGAGAGAGAGAGAGAGAGCAGCUUGCUGCAGCCUCGGAAAGAUCAUCUGAAUUCUGAAGUGGAGAUGCGCCCAAAAAAGCUAUUUUUGCCUCUUCUUCUAAUAAUCUCUUCAUUGCUCCCCGUUGCAUUGUCUGUAUCCUCCCUCCUACCUCCGGAAGAGAUUGAAACCCUAAAACAAAUCGCUGCGGUAUUGAAGAAAACAGAUUGGAACUUCAGUGUGGAUCCGUGCAGUCAAGAAGCUGGCUGGGUAACUCAUAAUGCCGCAAAGGGAUUCGAGAACAGCGUCUGGUGCAAUAAUUGCACUAAUAAUGGAACAAGCUGCCAUGUGACAAGCAUUGUGCUCAAGGCUCAAAAUCUAGUCGGAACUCUACCGCCUCAAAUGGCUUCGCUUCCAUUCCUUCAAGAAAUUGAUCUCACCCGCAACUUCCUGAGUGGAACAAUACCCAAUGAAUGGGCUGUUCUUUCGCUGGUGAAUGUUUCUCUUCUUGGAAAUAGUAUUUCAGGGCAAAUUCCUUCAUGGAUCGGAAACAUAACGACGCUUCAAACUCUAGCACUCGAAUCAAAUCAAUUUACUGGACCUCUUCCAAAGGAGCUGGGUUAUCUUCCGAAUUUACAGAAUAUGCAGUUCUCGGCGAAUGCAUUUACUGGAGAAUUGCCAGACACUUUUGCUAACCUCUCAAAUUUGGUAUAUUUUACGAUUGGGAGUAACAACUUCACUGGAAAAAUACCACAGUUCAUUCAAAAUUGGACACAGAUUCAGAGAAUAGAUCUUCAAGCUAGUGGUCUUAAAGGACCUAUUCCUAAUGGAAUGCCACUUUUAAAGAACUUAAAUGACUUGCGGAUCAGUGAUGUUACGGGAAACUCUGCUUUUCCACAGAUCGAGGGUAUGCAACAGUUGCAAUACCUAACCGUAAGGAACUGUGGUAUAACUGGAGAGAUACCUCCAUUCGUUGGAUCAUUUUUGUUACUCAAGCGCUUGGAUCUGACGUUCAACAUGUUAUCUGGGCCAAUUCCAUCAUCCUUUAAUAGUUUGAUUCAUACCAACUUUAUAUUUCUAACCAACAAUAAUCUCUCUGGCCCUGUUCCUGACUGGAUGCAGACCAGCAAAAACAAUAUUGAUCUUUCUUAUAACAAUUUUACUUUUGGAGGUCGUGAUCAAACAUGCCAAGAAGGAAAUGUCAACCUUGUGGGGAGCUCAUACAAACUUAAUGACCAAAGCAACAGCGUGCCAUGCUUGGAUACCAUUCCCUGUAGUGGAGAUAUCUGGUCCUUGUACAUAAAUUGUGGAGGCGAUGAUGUUUCUGUUUAUGAAAAUGGAACUUACAAGACUUACAUGCAAGACAAUGAUGGUACUGAUGGUGUUUCAACAUUUCGUCUAGACAACAACUGGGCAUAUAGUAGCACUGGCUCUUUCCUGGAUUCUAGAGAUAACAACAACUUCAUAGCAACGACUACACAAAACCUUGAUACACCAGACUCUCAGUUAUAUCAAACUGCACGACUUUCACCUUUAUCUCUCACCUAUUUUGGGUUUUGUUUGAUAAACGGGGAGUACAGUGUUAAGCUGCAUUUUGCUGAGAUAAUAAUCACUGAUUACAAGGGAUAUAUCAGUCCUGGAAGAAGGAUUUUUGAUGUUUACGUACAGGGGAAACUUGUCUUAAAGGAUUUCAAUAUCAGAGAUAAUGCUAAUGGUUCAAAUAAGGCUAUUGUUAAAACUUUUACUGCAAAUGUUACAAGGAAGAGGUUGGAGAUCCGAUUCAUUUGGGAUGGAAAAGGAACAACAUCUGUUCCUGUAAGUGGAACAUAUGGUCCUCUCAUUUCAGCUAUAUCAGUUGAACCCAAUUUCAAGCCUCCAAGUGGUAACAAAAUAUCUGCUGGGGAAAUAGUUGGAAUCAUUUGUGCGGCAAUUUUUGUUAUUUUUCUUCUUGCGUUUGUUGCUUGGAAGAAAGGCUAUUUCAGGUGGAAGAAUGCAAAGGGCAGUGAUCUGAGGGGUCUGGAAAGCAUUACAUUUUCUCUGAGACAAAUUCAAGCUGCCACAAGCAACUUUAGCUCUUCAAACAAGAUCGGAGAAGGGGGUUUUGGAUCUGUGUACAAGGGCGAGUUACCAGAUAAAACAGUAAUAGCGGUGAAGCAGCUUUCUUCGACGUCAACUCAAGGAAAUCAAGAAUUUGUAAAUGAGUUGGGCAUGAUUUCUGCAUUACAACACCCAAAUCUUGUAAAGCUUUAUGGUUGUUGCGUUGAAGGAAAGCAGUUAUUGUUAGUAUAUGAAUAUAUGGAAAAUAAUAGCCUUGCCCGUGCUCUCUAUGGGCCAGAUAAAUAUCAGUUGAAGCUAGACUGGGUCACAAGGCACAAAAUUUGUGUCGGCAUAGCGAAAGGCCUUGCUUACCUGCAUGAAGAGUCGAUGCUCAAGAUUGUUCAUAGAGAUAUUAAAGCUACAAAUGUGUUGUUAGACAAUGAUCUUAACCCCAAAAUAUCAGAUUUUGGCUUGGCAAAGCUUGAUGAGAAGGGAAACACCCAUAUAAGCACCCGGAUCGCUGGAACAAUUGGAUAUAUGGCACCUGAGUAUGCAACACGAGGCUACUUGACUGAGAAGGCGGAUGUCUACAGCUUCGGCAUUGUUGCAUUAGAGAUUGUAACUGGGAAGUGCGUCUCCAGCUAUACUAAUGAAGACCAAUAUCAUCUUCUGGACGUGGCACAUUUAGCAAAAGAGAAAGGGGACUUGCUCUCUCUUGUUGAUAAGAGGCUGGAAACAGAAUAUAAUCAAAAUGAAGCUUUGGGCGUGAUCAAGGUGGCCAUUCAAUGCGCACAUUCAUCACCAGCUCAUAGACCUUCAAUGUCGAAUGUGGUGAAAAUGCUCACCGGAGAAUCUCCAAUCCCUGACUUCAUUCCGGAUCCGUAUCGUUUCAGAGACAGUCUUGGCCAUGGUUUUGGGGGGAAUCUUCAAGAUCAGGCUACAACCUCAGUAAGCAAUAUGCAAUCAGGUAUGUUUGGGAGUGAUGUUAGGGAGUAUGGAUCCACAAGUGAUUCCGCUGCUUUUGAUUCCGAACAAUACUAGUUCCCAUUAGUUUCUGAUUCUUAAAUUGGUAAAUUAUUUUGUAUUUAUUGUUAGGGUGAGGAAGGAAAUAAAGAAAAAAAAUGAUAUCUAUGUGAUUGUGAUUUGAUUAUGAACCUACAAUAAUUGAUAAUUUGGGUUUUAAAGAGCUUAAAUUUUGCACCAGCAU